UGGCGAUUCAAAGCUGGCCCGACAACAGCAGCUUUACCUCACUGCCCUUCCAUCAGCAUCUCACCUUCAACCGGACAGACGCACAUCCACCGCCGCACCCGAUAAAGAAGAGGAUAAAACCCACUACAUAGAGGGACAGUGUCAGAAAGAGCGUCAAGAGGGAUCGAGCGAUAUUAUCAGUCCGUUAUUUUAAUGAUGUAGGGGAUCGUUUGCGGUUUUACAUGUAAUUUAGCCAGCCUCACUGCGACAAGGAAAACACCGUCCAGCUGCGCAAAAAUAAAUGUCAGCCUUUCUGAGCUUGUAAAGAUAAAACCAGCGAACAUCUUCAGCUUUCGUCAUCGACCUCACAGCGGUAAAGGACGAGGUCACUACGUAUCCUUCGUCAUUUAUUUUGACGGUCAGAAUAGGCCCUGAUCACUUGCUCUCCAGCUUCAGCAGCAUCUUCGCUCUAAGCAGAAAGCAGCAUCCUUCCUCCUCAUUGAAUCUGCGCAAUGGCCGAUGUCCCAGCAGAGUGCAACAUAAAAGUGCUGUGUCGCUUUCGCCCUUUGAACCAGUCUGAGAUUGUACGUGGGGACCAGUUUAUCCCCAAAUUCCAAGGAGACGACACUGUUGUUGUCGCGGGAAAGUCCUACUCAUUUGACCGAGUGUUUCCGACCAACACCACCCAGGAGCAGGUGUAUAACACCUGUGCCAAGCAGAUAGUCAAGGAUGUUCUCUUUGGAUAUAAUGGCACUAUCUUCGCAUAUGGACAAACCUCCUCCGGGAAGACUCACACCAUGGAGGGAAAGCUGCAUGACCCUCACCAGAUGGGUAUCAUCCCCCGUAUCGCUGAGGACAUUUUUAAUCACAUCUUUGCCAUGGAUGAAAACCUGGAAUUCCACAUCAAGGUUUCAUACUUUGAGAUCUACAUGGAUAAAAUCCGUGACCUUCUGGAUGUGACAAAGACCAACCUCUCUGUCCAUGAGGAUAAGAACAGGGUGCCGUAUGUGAAGGGAUGCACUGAGCGUUUUGUCUCCAGCCCUGAUGAGGUCAUGGAUGUGAUUGACGAGGGCAAAAAUAACCGCCAUGUUGCUGUGACCAACAUGAAUGAGCACAGCUCUCGCAGCCACAGCAUCUUCCUGAUCAACAUCAAGCAGGAGCAUGUGGAGACUGAGCAGAAACUGUGUGGAAAACUGUACCUGGUGGAUCUGGCUGGCAGUGAGAAGGUCAGUAAGACUGGUGCUGCAGGAGCUGUCCUGGACGAGGCUAAAAACAUCAACAAGUCUCUUUCUGCUCUGGGAAAUGUCAUCUCCGCCUUGGCUGAGGGCACGAAAACUCAUGUGCCGUACCGUGACAGCAAAAUGACCCGCAUUCUGCAGGACUCCCUCGGUGGAAACUGUCGCACCACCAUGUUCAUCUGCUGCUCUCCCUCCAGCUACAAUGAUGCUGAAACCAAAUCCACCCUGAUGUUUGGACAACGUGCCAAGACCAUCAGGAACACGGCCUCCAUCAACCUGGAGCUGACGGCAGAGCAGUGGAAGAGGAAGUACGAGAAGGAGAAGGAGAAGAACAAGACGAUGAAGGAAACUAUCCAGAAUCUGGAGGCUGAGCUCAACCGCUGGAGAAAUGUGACUUCAUCCAUCCAAUCAGGAGAGGACGUGCCUGAGACCGAGAGGACCACGGCAGAUGUGGUGAACCGCAUCGAGACCAUCGAGGAGCGUCCUGUUUUGGACAAUGACACCUCCUCCAUUGUGGUCCGCAUUUCUGAGGAGGAGCGGCAGAAGUAUGAGGAGGAGAUCCGCAAACUGUACAAGCAACUGGAUGACAAGGAUGAUGAGAUCAACCUUCAGUGCCAGGUGGUGGAGAAACUGAAGCAGCAGAUGAUGGACCAGGAUGAGCUCCUGGCAUCAUCCAAGGGCGACGGUGACAAGGUCCAAGCUGAGUUGGGCAGGCUGCAGGUGGAGAGCGACUGCGCCAAGGCCGAGGUGAAGGAGGUGCUGCAGGCUCUGGAAGAGCUGGCCAUCAACUAUGACCAGAAGAGCCAGGAGGUGGAGGAGAAAGGCCUGCAGAACCAACUGCUGGCUGACCAAUUGUCCCAGAAAAUGGCCAGUCUGAUGGAGCUGGAGGCGGAGCUUUCUCGUAUGCAGGAAGUGAGCGGUCAGCAGAGGAAACGCAUCGCCGAUGUCCUCAAUGGUCUGAUGAGGGACCUCAGUGAGUUCAGCACCAUUGUGGGCAACGGGGAGAUCAAGCUGCCGGUGGAGAUUAGCGGUGCCAUUGAGGAGGAGUUCACUGUGGCUCGCCUCUACAUCAGCAAGAUUAAGUCGGAGGUGAAGAGCAUGGUGAAGCGCUGCCGCCAGCUGGAGAACAUGCAGCUGGAGUGCCAUCGCAAGAUGGAGGAGACUGGGAGGGAGCUCUCCUCCUGCCAACUCCUCAUCUCUCAGCAUGAGGCUAAGAUCCGCUCCCUGACGGAGUACAUGCAGAGUGUGGAGCAGAAGAAGAGGCUGCUGGAGGAGAGCCACGACUCCCUGAGUGAAGAACUGGCCAAGCUGCAAGACCAGGAUAACUCCCUGCUUGAAGAGAAGGAGGCGGAGAAGGGCGAGACCGAGGAUGGAAAUGUGAAGAAGACUAUUCGUCAGCAGGGGGAGUCUCACCGUGGCCUCCACCACCAGCAGAUGGCCCGCCUCCGGGAUGAGAUCAACGAGAAGCAGAGGAUCAUUGACGAGCUCACUGAUCGCAACUCUAAGCUGGAGCUGGAGCUGGCUCAGGUUCGUGCCGACUUUGAGCGCCUGAAGAGUCAGGACAACAGCAAGAGUGAGCGCCUGGAGGAGCUCUCAUUCCUGCAUGAGCGUCAUGAGCAGACCAAACAGGACUUGAAGGGUCUGGAGGAGACUGUCGCCCGCGAACUCCAGACCCUCCACAACCUGCGCAAGCUGUUCGUUCAAGACCUCACGUCGCGGGUUAAAAAAAGUUCCGAAAUGGAACCUGAUGAUAGCGGGGGGUCUUGCACCCAGAAGCAGAAGAUUUCCUUUCUUGAAAAUAACCUGGACCAACUUACAAAGGUUCACAAACAGCUGGUUCGUGACAAUGCAGAUCUGCGCUGUGAGCUUCCAAAGUUGGAGAAACGUCUUCGGUCUACUGCUGAGAGAGUUAAGGCCCUGGAGACUGCACUGAGGGAUGCAAAAGAGGGCGCCAUGAUGGACCGCAGGCGCUACCAGCAGGAGGUCGACCGCAUCAAGGAUGCCAUGAGGGCAAAGAAUGCAUUGAGGCGCCCCCAUGCAGCACAGAUCGCCAAGCCAGUGAGACCAAAGCAGCUGCCGGUCUGCUCUCCCACCAACCCUUUCUACACAUACAUCCGCGCCACUGAACAGGCCAACACCUACAGCAACGCCCUCUUCCAGAGCAGCGCGACACAGCCCAGCUCUGCCAGCGUCAACUGCAACCCAAACUCUGUCCAGAGCAACACAGUUUCCACAGCGCUGGGCUACAGAGCAGGCAGAUAUAAUGGAGACAUACUGGAGUCCUUCCCACUCAACAUAGACAACGGUAACAACAUCAGUGAAACAAGAGACAUCAAUGACAACAGGAGUGAUGUUCACUGUGGCAGCGAGGUGGAUGAUCCCAACAGGCACUACGUCAUUCAGCAGGAGACAGCUGCAAGUUAAUGCCUUGAAGAUGACCAAACACUGUACCAUCCAAGGACCCUCCCUUCCCAUCUGCAUGCAGCCUGUUUCUCCCAUUCCUACACUGCAUCACUGAUGAAUCUGAAACUGCAUCAUCAUCACUGAAGAUGAUGAUGAAGAUCUGUAGCCCCCUGUAGAUGCCUAACUAGAUGAGGCCCCUCCUGCUCCCAUGUUGACCAUGAUCACACUCAGGUUUGGGUACAGUCUCUUCCAGUUCAGUCCUUGCAGGAAAUCAACUUGAGUACAUUGCCGUUGUAUCUUUCAGAAAACGGAAACUCAGUGAUCGCUCAGCCGCUCAAUUAGUCAACCAGAUAUCACUGAUGAUCAUUAACUUCUGGAAGAGGUUGAACUGAAACGGGGCUGACUCCAUCCCUGAUUACUAAAUACACACAUGUUGUAAAUAAUACUUUUUGCUGUAUACUCCAGUAGAGGUCAUUGACCCUCAACUGUUUGUGUGAAUGCACAGCCUCCACAUUCCCCAGCACAUCUUCUUACGUGCAUCAUGUGGAUGACAUGCUGUAGGCAGACAUGACCUUUUUCUCUGUCGUAAAUAAGAGUAUAGUGUGUAACGCCAGCUAGUAACAGAAGACACACACUCUGCAUGCAUGUCGCUUAGCGGGUUAGCUUUCAAAUCUUUGCAUGUGUCCUGACUCCAGGCAGGAGCUGGUAUGCUGCGAGUAAACAGCCUGAGCGAUUUUGACAGAUGUCACUGAGAGAAAGAGAGAGCUGGUUUCCCUUGAAUUCUGAUCCUGGUUUGAUUCUUCAGAAUUUAUAAUCAAAUCUAAACUGGGCUGAUGUGUUAAUGUGGCUUAAAUACACCCAACACUGUAUCUAGUUUUAAUUUCAUUGAAGAGGAAAUCAGAUGUGAGCCGGUAAACCCAGCCCAGAAUUGUAAUGUGUAUGGAGGAAACCUUUUGUAAUUGCUUUGAUACUGUGAUGUUAAAGCUGUAUAGUUCCAUUGUACUUUUCAGGUAAUGUUGCCCGUGUCUCUCUACUGUGGCUCUCUCCCUGCAUUGCACCUACAUCGUGUGAGUCUUUAAAGCAAGCCUUUUAAAAUAGCUGGUUUCUCAUGAUCAAACUAACAUGCUGUCAUGUGCAUACAUCUGUAAUUACUACCUCUGGAGCUGCUAACUAUACACUUAUUACAGUAUACCAAGAUAUCACACUUUCAAAUGCUGAAUAAGAGCUGACCUUAGAGCUUGUAGAGAUAGUUGGAACCUUUAGUACAACAAAAAGGUGUAGGUAGAUUUAAAUCAUCUUAUCAGAGCAGUAGUUAUGCUCCCAUGAAGUUCAUGCAUAAACUCCUUUUUCAUCACACAACAGGAUCAGAGCAGGGGCAAGAUGAGCGUCGCUGUCAAAAUAGAAGUAUUUGAUUAAUCAUUUAAAAGCUCUUAAAAUGUCCAUUUGGCACUGAAAAGCCCGAAACAAUGAUUUGUAUAUUCUUUGUCCCCUUAUGUAAAGUUACUAACUGGUUUUGAUUUAACAAUUUGUUUUUAAAAUCAGAAGUGAAUUGACAUCGUAAGCCCUCUGGAGACUGUAUGGAGGUGAUUCAGUGCUUUUUAACAGAGCUGUCAAAAGUCCAGUGAUUAGGGAUUGUCUUUGAAACGAGUCCCCAGCUGAGCAGCCACCAGUUUGGGAUGGACGUGUCGUUUUACACAAUCUGGAUAUUCAAACUGUUCGGUCAGGUCAUGUUGUUGUUCUUCUGUAAGAAAUCCUGACCAGCCAAUCAGGAAAGAAGAAAGCAGCAUGUCCUUCUUGAGGUGAUGAAGAGAUGGAUGUGUUUAGACUAAGCCGAGUCACUGGAUUCAAAAACAGCACUAUUUAUGACAACAAAACUUUUUUUUUAAGAGCACAUGAAUUUAAAGUGAGGGGUAUGUUAUGCUCACACUUCUGUUAGACACAUUUGAUCACAAAUCAAGUUGGAUUCUUAACAGUUUGAUUACAAAUCACAUUAUAUAGCUUUAAUUUGAUAUUUCUUUAUUUAAAGUUCAGUGCAUCAAAACUCAUGCCUGCACUAUUUGGUCUUCAUUCAUAUUAGUGUGAUCCAGCCUCUUAUGAUGGCACUGCUCUGUCUCCUGCUCUAACUGGCAUUAACAACAUCUCAGGGCUUCACAUUCACAAUCACAGUCACCAUGGACCACCGCCAUCUUCCUCACUGACUGGAAACCUUGUGAAAGCUGAUGAACUAUCAUGUCAGUGUGUGUUCUUCAGGGCUUUGCAGAUAAAUCUUAUACUGAAGUAAUAACAUCAUUUUAUAUUUAGGCUAGUAUAUAACAUCUCAUUCUAAGCACAUGACAUCCAAAAAGAAACAAAAUCCCUGAGCUUCAACCGGUCAACUCCUACUGUAUGCGUCUGAUAUCUUCUAUUGAUCAUAAUCCAUACAUUUAAAGGAGGGGGGGGCGGUUAAUGUGUACUAUAUCGUCACCUGCUGUUCCACUGUCUCUCUUCAACAUAUCUAAAUACAUGUGCUAUAUAUUGUUAAUCUUGUAAGUAAAAUAGCGUGCCAUGACAUAGUAAAAUGCAAAAGAAAGGCACUUGCUAACUUUGUUCAGAGAAAUGUUUGUUUUAUUUAUUUCUGUAUGCCUAUACUGUAGCGUCCACAUGAUUAUGUGAAGGAUGACCGUGCGGAAUUUCUGUAUUUAUAGAUCAUCACUAUGCUGUACUGUAUGUGAACCCUUGUGUUGUAGUAAACAGUUCAAUAAACUUAUACAAAGGA